AUGGAAACAACAAAUGGACAUCUACUCGUAGCAUCGAUUUAUAUUCCACCAAAUGCACAACUCCAUCAUGAACUCUUCGAACAUAUAUACAACCUGAAUAACAAUUGUCUUAUACUCGGUGAUCUAAAUGCUGCUCUUCAGACCAUGGGAUCCAAAAGAACGAAUACUAAAGGUCACCAACUACAACAAGUACUCGAUGAAGGUUAUCUUCAAUGCAUAGAUAAUGAUUUAACCACAUAUACAAGAAACAAUUACGAAGAAAAAAUAGAUUGGAUUUUAGCGAGCCAACCUACUAUACUAUGUAUUAACAACAUCGAAACACAAGCACCUCUUGGACUAAAAGAAGAUCAUAAACCAUUAACUUUCAACUUGAACAUGGCUGCUGAUCCAAAACCUUUAUCACCUCGAGUAUCCUUCAAUUUUAUGGCAGCAGAUUGGCAAUUAUAUCGUAACAAAUUGAAUGUUCUUUUGAAUCAAUUGGAUAUGAAAAAAACAAUUACAACUGGUCAACAAAUUGAAAUGUAUGCAACAGCACUUACUGAUUGCAUAGCUGCUGCAACAAAAUCAUCGAUCCCACAAACAAAUACAACAUUGAAACAUUUUAAAAUUUCAAAAGUAACUAAAAAACUCAUCAAACGUAAACAUCAAGCUUACAGACGAUGGAGAAAAACAAAUAAUGAUAUUGACAAAAAUGAAUAUUAUAAUAGUAGAGCACUUUUAGCUAAUGCCUUACGAAAUGAUCGUACUGAAAGAUUUAAUCAAAUUAGGUCAUCAUUGUGUGCAAGCAAGAUGAACUCGUCCAGAAGUGGAACACCUCAAGGAUCACCAUUAUCACCGCUGUUAUAUAUAAUAUAUACCAGUGAUUCAAUGAAUGGUGUUGAUGAACAUACUGAACAUGGCCUUUUUGCUGAUGAUACUGCUUUAUGGACAACAUCCAACACCAUUACUAAUCUCAAACAUCACCUCCAAUCAUCUGCAAUUAUUGAAAAUUCUCUCGAAUUACAAGAACAAGUUCGAACUUUUGAACAAUCAAAUGAUAAAUCUAUUCUUAUUGUUGUUAUUGAUGGUCGUAUUAAUCAACAACGUAUGCAUAUUCCAUUCGUUCGACAAUUGCUUGAUAAGACUGAACAAUCAUGCAAUCAAACGCUUGACAAACCAUCAAAAUUUUUCAUUAUCUUAAUGCAUUCAUCUGGGCAAGAACUUAAUUAUAAAUCAGCUUUUCCAUCGAUCUUUUUACAUGAUUGGGAUUAUUGGUUUCUUGACACUUCAACACCGGGUAGUUCAUUUCAUUUACAAAAAAUGUUACAAAUCUUUACUUCAAAAAUGGGAAUAACUCAUCAAAAAGAAGCUUUAGAUAAUGCUUUGUGUGAUUUAAAUAUACUGUUCGAUGAUUGCCUAUUUGAUUUUGUUUCUCGUUUACAAAUUAAUAUUAUUAAAUUAGCCGAUGAUAUGUUUAUUAAUCAAAAUACUUCUGAAUUCUAUCGACGUCAAACAUCAAAUUAUCAACGUGUACAAUGUUUAAAAACUAUUUUUCAACAACUCAAUGAAUUACAGAUACAUAUCAUUUCAUGUUAUCAUGAAAAUGUUUCAAUGAAAGAAGAUUCAUUGCGUAAAAAUUGCAAUUCAGUUUAUGAUCUUGCAAAAGAUACUCUGUGUGGAAAAAAGUUUAAUGGUCUAGUUGAUUCAUUGCAUUCACGAAUGAGAGUAUCAUUUACAAGUUUUGUCUCAUUUAUUUUAAAAUUUAUUGUUGAUGAUUAUGGAUUGGAAUCAUUAACUAAAUUAUCAAAUAAAAAUGAUGAUUAUGGUAAAUUACUAGAAUUAAUUGAUUAUUCAUCAUUUUCUUCUGACAAUGAAACUCAAACUACUCCUAUAAUGCAAAGAAUGUUAAUUUUGAACGAUCAUUAUGGUUGUAUUCCACAAACGCCACUAUUCUAUUUAUUUCGACAACGUAUCAAGAAUUUAGCAGAUGAGAUCAAAUCUAGAUUAGCUGAUCAACAAAAUGAUGUACAAGAUGAUCUUGGUUUUGAUAACUUUGAUCCACAAGCACCUGUACCACCACCACUAACAACAACAAUGCUUAAUAAAUCGUACGGUAAUAAAAAUGAAUCGGAUAGUACACGAGAACAAUUUUGUAAUCAAUUGAUUCAAUCGAUUACGAACGAUAAAAUCUUAAGCAAAAUUAUUUCGCUAUCGAUUCUUCAAUCAUAUACGAAUGAUUUAGUUCGAAUUCUUUCGACAGUUAUUGAAAAAAAUUUUCAUGAUCGUCAAACACAACACCAAAAAACAAUUGAUUUCGUUUGUCGCUGGUUAUUAUUAGUUGAUGAAGAUGAAAAAGAAUCAUUAAGUUCUUCAUUCAAUCAUCAUAUUUGGCAACUUGCUCAUGUUUAUACAUCAAUUGAAUAUGAUGAAAAUGAUCUUCUGUCAUUAUAUUCUGCUUGUCGAAUAGCAGAAGAUCUUGAUCCCAAUCAAUCAUUUUACCAAGAUCUAUUAGCAGAAGAAAAUAUUUCACGUUCAAAAGUGCGAGAAAAUUUAUUUCAAUUAAUGUUUCAUCGUUUAUGGACGAAUCUUUGUCAUCUAAUUGAAACAAACGAAGAUGCUAAAAAGUGGAUUCAAAGUUAUACAUUGAUAUCGAAAUACUAUCCAUCAGAUAAAGUUUUAAAACGACUAGAAUUCGUUCAAAUGAAAGUUAAUAUUGAAUUUAUGAGUUUUGUAUAUUUAAUAUUACUCAAUGAAAAAACACCACAACCAAUUAAACUUAUUCAAAAAUUAUUAAACGAUACAUCACUUAUACAAGAUGGUGGUGAUGGUCGUCAUAGGAAUUUGGAAGAAUCUAGUUGUCUAAAACUCCUACCUACUAUCAUUCAAACAAUCGAUCAAUAUUUUAAAGAGAAUAAUGCUAAUAAUGGUACAUUGAUGAUGGAUAUUCAGCAAUGGAUCCUUGCAACACUAAAAGUAUCGAAAGGUUCUUCAUAUCAAGAAAUUAUUUCUCUAUUAAAAUUUUUAAAUCAGCCCACAUGUCAUUUAUCAUUACCAAUGAAACAAUUAAUUUUUGAUGAAUUAAUUAAGAUUUUAAUUGAAAUCAGUCAACAAAAACGUCUGAAUGUUCCUCAACAACAAUUUAUUGAUGCCUGGGAUCGUAUUUCGUUUUUAUCUGUUAUGACGGAAUGUAUUGACGAUGAAACUCUGGAAAAUUAUCAAAUACCCUAUCAUACAUCUGUCAUUAAUAAUACAAAUCAAAAUCAUAUGUUAAUGGAUUUACUAUUUUUCCAUCUUCGACGACUAAUAAAUAAUGAACGAAUUCGGCCAAGUUUUAUAAAUAAAAUUCUUCUUUCCAAUUUACCACGGAUUAAUGAUGCAAAUCGAGUUGCUAUUGCCGACAAAGUAUUCAAACAGUUAAAAGACUAUUUUAUUUUACUAACUACAGGUUUACUAUUAUGUCAACCUGAUUUGGAUAAUGAAGAUCAACAAAAAAUCAAUCAGAUCAUUGGGACUGUUAUCGAUCAAUAUUUAAUCAUCCCUAAACCUUUCGUUCAGCUAAGCAAAAAUCUUGAGCUUUUCUUUUCAGUUAUAGUGGCGAAGAAAUCAUGGGUGUUUCUUCUCGAUCUACUUAAAUCAAAACGUAUUCAAGAUGCAAAUAUUGAAUGGGCUGAUGCAUUACAUGAUCUAUUCACAGGAAAAUGCAUUACUCAAUCCAGGAAACAUCUACAUCUUUGUCAUCAAGUGCAAUUCACACUAACAACUGAUAAUACUGAAUCCAUUUUUCCGGCAUUACACGUGCCAUAUGAUGAAUUAAGUCAAUUAAUUAGUGAAUGUAUAAAGAAUAACGAUGCUGCUAAACGUUGGAUACCUUUAACGGAUUGGAUAACAUCGAAAUUAAAUUCAAAUCCACCACUUGUUAGUGCUACUGAAAUAAAAGUAAUGCUAUUAUUAAACAUUUACUAUGUUUAUUAUUGUAAUGCUCAAUUGAAUUCUCUUGAUAAUAUAUUGAAAAUUAUCGAAGAUAAACUACAGCUAUGUGAUGAAGAACAACGAGUAUUUCGUGCUCUUCUACAACCAGAACAACAUAUGAUUGGAUAUCCAAAUGAAAAUAAUGUUAAAGAUAACAAUUAUCUUAAUGAUUUAUUUAAAAUUGAUUUUAAAGAUGAUGAACAGUUACCCAUUCGUCAUACACUAGUUAAUCUUCUAGCAAUGAUUUUACUUGGUGGAAAAGAAAAUACUCUUUGGAUGUUUGCAUUCGAACCAUUAAAACUCGAAGAAAAUUAUGGUUUUGCCUCGACUGCUACAAGCCCUAUAAAACGUAGCGGUGUUCAUUACGAUUGUGGAUGUGUGUUGUCUGAGAAAGGAGAAUUAGAGCAGCUUUAUGGUGGCAGUGAAUUCAGUAUUCCAGCGGUUUAUAUCGCUUUUUUUGCUACGUUCGGCGCUAUGGCAUGGCACUUAUUGUUAUAUGAAUCAUCUGUAGACAAUCUCCAUCAUCCUAUUCUUGCCAAGCAUGCGAUUAAUCCUACAGCUGAUUUGGCAGGUAUCAGUAAAGAUAGUAUUCGAGCGAGAACAUGUUAUUUUGUUUGUACGCGCUUGUUAUCAACAAAUAUGUUUCUUCAAUUACAAUUGAAUCAAGAUGAUGCCUGUCUUUUAUUUAAUCGCUGUUUUGAAUUGUUUGCUCAACAUACUCGUCAACUAGAUCAAAAUCCAUGGAUUAAACCAUUAUAUAAAACAAACGCUGAUAAACUCGAAGCUGAAAAAGAAUUUCGAAAUAAAAUUUUCUAUCCUACACAUAAAAGAUUGGUUGAUUAUAAACAAAUAAUUAAUAAAUUAGAAUCACAAUCUGAACCACAGACUAGAUUACUAGAUUAUGUAUCUAGAAUGUCUAUUAUAAUUGAAGUCAUUCAUUUUAAGACUGAAUUAUGCAAUCCUGAAUCGAGUCAAUUACCUUUAACAGUUUUACGACGAUUACUUGACUCAUUCGAAUUUCUCAAAAUGACUCGAUAUAUUUAUGCUUUAAGUCAAUUUCAUGUUCUCAUACAUCGAACUUUUACUCGAUUAAUUGAACAAAAUGAAUUUCAUACCAUUACAUUGAAAGAAUUAUACGAACGGGCUUCUCAAUUAUCAAAUCGUUUACGUCAAUCAAAUCAACAAGAUAAAUAUUAUAAGAUAAUUGAAAAGGGUAUCGAAGCUGUUAAUGCUUAUCAUUCAUUCGCUAAUGGACAGAUACGACCUGGUGCCUGUGAUAUUACUCAACGUUUUGAACCUAUUUCAAUGGAUACACCCAUAAGCUAUCUAGUUGAAACAGACAGUUAUGAUGAAGGUGAUAUCAUAAUGCGCAUACUAAGUGUUCUUGUCAAUUAUCAUAAUAAUCUUCUCGAUUUACUCAGAACAGAAAUCGAACAAAACGGUGGUAAUCUUGGUUUAGGUCCAUUGAAAGAUAUUAUUAAAGAAUUAUUAGAACGAGAAAUAUCUAUUUUACAAAUAGUUCAUGAAAAUAUGGGUAUUAUUACAUUGAAUCAAGACGAUUGUCAAUGGAUUGAAAAAUUAUGCUGUGCUAGUCUCGAAAAUGAAAAAGACUAUUUUCUGAAAUUGAAUACGCCAUUAAAAUUUAAUUUUCUCUAUGUUCAAUCGAAUCUUGUUCGCACAUAUCUUCUUUAUUGUCAUAUUAACUAUCAACAUAUCAAAGGAAAAUAUCAAUGUUAUAUUCAACGAAAAAGUCAAGGUGCUGGAAAUGGCGUUGAAAUCGAUGACAAUAUCGAUAUGGAUUCUCUUAAUCGAUUGGCCGAUGAAUGGAAUCAUUUAGAACAAAAGAGUCUUGGUCAACUUCAAAAUGAAUUGAAUUUUCUUCAACGAAUUAUAGACAUUUUAAAUGAUGCUUCGGAAGAUCAUUCAAAAGAAAACCUUUCAGAAUUUAUUCGAACUACUAAUUAUGAUGAUCGAUUUUCUGAACAAUUCGAGCAAUAUCAAAUCAAAGAUUUUUCUUUAUCACAAAUAAAACUUGUGUGUCGAUUAUAUGAACAAUCAAUAAAUCGAUAUCAACAUGCAUUUAUCAAUGUAUCUCAAUUAAUUCGUGUUCCUCUGGAUAAAAUACAAAACGAUGAACUAGAUCGUAUAUUAAAAUUAUCAUUCAUUCCUUCGAAUGAUGAAAUUAAAAAAGAAGAAUUUCAAGAUAGAAUUGAAAAGAUAACAGAUUUUUUAAACGAAGUAAAAAAUGUAGAACAUUUCAUGGAGACUGAAUGGACUAAAUCGUUUUCGGAGACAUGUACUAUUUUAUGUAUUGAAAGUCCAAUCAUACAAUUCAUACCUUUGGAAAUCAAAUGUGAAAAUUACGUUCCAUUAUGUCUCAAAUUCAUUGAAAUACGAUCUCAAUUACAAGAACGUAUGAUUAAUAUUGAAGAAAAAACAGUUAAACUUUGGAGUGCUCGUUUCGAUAUUGCAGAUGCCGAUCGAUCCCAGGAAAAUAGUUUUCUCAUAUUCCGAAAUAAAGACGAUGACUUCGUCGACUUCAAUGCUAAUUCAAGACCUCCACUAGAACGACAGCAAUCUCUUGUUGUAGAUACAACAGUUACCUCUACAAAUUCAAUUGAUUGGUGGCAACUAGCUGAUUUGCCAAAUGCUCCUGCCGAGCCAAUGAAACCUGCAAACGCCUCAUCGAAUAUAGCCUAUGAAGAAACAAUCCAUUAUACACCUAUAUUUAAAUUGAAGAUAAAAUCAAUAUCAUUACCACCAUCAGCUUUAUUUGAAGGUAGUCAAAAACAACUAGAACAGUUAAAAUCACAAUCGUCCAAUACGCGUUACACUAUUACAUUUAAAGAUGGCAAACAAUCAAAAUAUCACUCUAGACCUGAAAGAUUGUAUACACAAUUGAAAAAAGCAUUCGAUGAGAAAAAAUAUGAAAUGAAUAAGAUUUGUUUUAUUGAUCCAAGUCAAGUAUUACUUGAUUUUACAAAAGUAAAUGCAAAUGAUUCAUUACCCAUUAUAGAAUCCGAAUAUCGUAUUAUGGAAAAAGACAUAUUAAUUCAUAUUAUAUUAGGAUUUGAAGAUAAUCAAUUGGAAUAUUUCGCUACAACAGAAGCCAAACUUACUUCAAUUCUUAGUCGUUUUAUUCUUGAUCAACAAUUGAAAUUCACACUACCAGAAAAUUAUUUUAGUGUAUUUGAUUCUCUUGGACGUUAUAUAACUGAAGAUUGUCAGAUUAAUACAAUUUAUCGAUCGGAUGAGCAAAGUCCAAUUCAUAUUCGAAUCCUUCAGUGCAAAGAAGUUGCUAAUAUUUGCUGUGAAUUGACGCUUAUAGAAAGCCAAGAUGAAACACGAAAUCAAAACUUUAAUCCGAUUGCGACUUGGAAAGAAAUUAGUUUAUGGUUAAAACUUGCUGAUAUUAAAACAGAAAGUCCAGUUGAUAGUUUAUUUUUUUGGAAUAUUGAACAGAAACAUAUUAUUGAUGAAAAUGAAACAAUAUCAUUUACACUUGGUAAGGCUGAAUCUGUUAGUGUUGAUGUGCUCGAUAGAACAAGUGUCAUAGAAAUAAUUCUUUCCUAUGAUAAAAAUAUUCAAAAUAUUCGUAUUCUUAGUUCAUGCCCAGUUCAUAGUAUUUUAAACAAUACUAAAUAUCUUGAGCAAGUAGGCCUGAAAAUAUCUCCUCAAGAAUGUACGCUUGUUUUUGUAUCAAAUGAAUCAGAAAAAACAAUUCUUGAAAAAACGGAUAUGGAAAGUCCUAUUAGUAACUAUGCAACACUAACCGAUAAACCAGUUCAUUUUCAAAUAUCUAUUCUUGUUCAAAUUAUUGUAUAUGAUAGUGGAAAAGAAAUGCCAAUACCUAUUUCUCAUCGAAAUAUAACAAUUAAACAAUUAUUCGAUAUGAUUGAAAUAAAAGAUGAUUAUAAAUAUUUAGCAUCGUAUCAUACAAAGAUAAUCUUCUCGGAAAAUACACUUUUAUCCAUGAUCAAUGAAACAAAAUUUUUCCUUUCAAAAGAACGUCACACAUGUCUUGUAUCUAUAAAACAAACCGAGAGUGCACUUAUUGAAGUUAAUGAUGAAAGUAUGCAAAAUCAACGAUAUCUCAUCAUUGCUACUAUUGAUAAUGUUUAUAUACAAAAUAAAUUUAUUGACCAAAAUCAAUAUCUUGUCUAUAAUCGUGAUUUUAUUCCAUCACUUAAAAUGCCAUUGAGUUUAUUUUUAUCGAGUGAAACAUCGUCGAUUGAAUUCAAUUUAAGCUAUCAAAAAUUACCAGCAAAUGUUAUAAUCACGAGUGAUGAACAAAAAAGUUCAAUUGAAUUUCAGUGUGAACCAACGAUGACUUUUGGUCGUGUUCAUGAAAUUGUUUGCCAAUUAUGGAAAUUAAAUAAACAGCUCUAUAAUGUAACUUUGCUGGAUGAAUCAAUUAUUGAUCAAGAUGAAAAACUAAAUGAGAUUGGUGAAGCUAUUGAGGAUCUAAAAUUGAAAUUGAUUUCGACUGCUAAUGUUAAAUGUGAAAUUUCUCAUCAAAAUGAAACAAUUACGAUUUCAGCCACAGAUGAUACAUCAUUAUCAUCGAUUAUGAAAGAGGUUUUAGAAAAACUUUUGAUUUCAGUAGACGACAUAGAAAUGUUUGAAUUUCAAAUGUUGGACGAACAGGGAAGUUCAAUUAUGAUCGAUCUUGAUUCAACCGUCACUGAAAUUCGUAAAGAUUUUGACAUUACAUCUGAUACUCUAUCAUUUCAAUUAGUAAAGAAAGAAGAUGAAAAUUAA